AUGCGUCCACUCCUCAGAACGAAGGUUCGACGCUGCUCUAACACUGACGCUGACAGGGCAUUUGUCCAACAGGCCACUGGCCACGCCCGCCGAGCUAUCGUGGCCGAUGAGGGGGGACGGCCGUUGGAACAGGGCCGUGUCUUUCGCAUGGUCCAAAGCUAUGGUGCUCGUUUGAUGAGAACUGACGAGACAUUGAGUGACAAUGGCGUGCACCUGGUGGUCUCACUGGGAGGUUUGAAGGAGGCGAGCAGCAGUUUGUGA